GGCUCCCUAUCCUCCCUCUCUAUAUAAACAAAUAAAGAGAAUCAUCUCUUUCUCACAAGUCAUUAAGCAAUUUGCAGCUCUCGAAGUAGAACUCAAGAAACCUCUAGAACAUUCUUCUCCGGCGAAUAUUCAAGUCUAACUGAUCGAUCAUGAUCUCCGUAGUAAUCAUUGUUGAGCUGCUGGUGGAGUACACAACAUCUCUCGCUAAACUCACCGCUGGGAUUCUUCCGAGGCGGCAAGGGGACGGCAACUUUGUAAGGAUUGGCAAUUUCUCCGUGUAUUGUCCUCCAAGAUCGUCUCCGGUUCCAGAUUUCUCUUCGCAUCUCGUCGAUUUCUGAUCUGUGACAAAAUUGUCAAUGUUUUUUUAUUCCCUCCUAUUUUUUUGAACGAGUAACAACAGCUGAGAAUUAUUUUUCUUUUGUUCCUUUUGGAUAUUGAGCAGCUGCAGGAUAGAGAUUUGCAAACAUUCAUUGUAUUGAAUUAUAUUAUAUUAUAGAAAUUAUGAUAACUAAUCAUCUGUUCUGUUCUGUCCGA